CCGGCAACGUCGCCAGCGGUGUCAGCCACCCCGGUUCGUCUCCCCUCCAGUCCCACGCUCGCCUCUCUCGCACCAACACCGGCGAUCCUCGCUUGCGCAACGGUUCAAAACCGAAAGCCAGCAGCCCGACCCCGCCGGGCCCCUCCGCCGCCGCCGCCGCGCCCGCCGCCAUCAUGCUCGCCAGGAUAGCGCUAUGUUUACUGGUCUGCGCAGUCUACCGGACAAAUGCCGACGUAGAUAUCAUCACAGAGCCGAGACAAGGGCAAGAAUAUGUUUUAGUUAGUUCAGGACAACAAACUCCAAUCAGGAACUUUGAAACAUCACACAAAAUACCAGAGAAACAUCCACACCAUCGCAUCCUCAAACCUGACGAUGAAAAGAUCACAAAGAAGACGCAUAGUUCCAAAAUUAGACAUCCUUCCGAGGGAAUCAUUUCAAUCGAAGAAGACAAAAAAGCAAUUUAUAAAAAGGGACAAAAACUUAAGGCAGCUGAAUCGAUCGAGGUCGAUGUUCCUGUAUCUAAGCUCGAGGACAUUAAGAUAAAGGAGUACUCGAAGAAUGUCGAGACCAAUCCAAAAAUGGCAGUUGCCCUUGAGGCUAUGUCUGAAUCCGGGAAACUGACCAGUGAAUCAGGCACGACAACCCAGAAACCGGUCCUGACUACUGCCCCACCCGCAACCACAAAAGCCUUCGAUUACAUUCCAAUCAAUUUCGACACGAUUGAUGACAUCAACAGCGGUCUUUUGUCGUCUAACGUACAACUGGAAACUGCCGGAUCCGAGCAAAAACAACACUCGCGCAUCCAAAUCAAGAAAGGACCUAACGGUCAAGACUAUGAGUACGAAUACAUCUAUUAUUACUACGACGAGGAAGAAGGCGGCGCUAAAAAAGAGGGCAAGGACAAGACUCCUUCGAGCACAGCUGCCUCUGUGCACAAUUCUCACGAUGGCCCGGUGAAAGUGGACUUAGAAAACCAAAUCGCCAAGGAGAACAAACAAAGUAGAAACAAAUACAGCACCAUUGAUAGGUCUAGUGCUACUACAGCGGCCACCCCCGAGACACAGAAUGAAAUCCUUCCUGCUACAAGCAGAGGUCGUCAGCGAGGACGCAACCUCACCCCAGCGCCCGUUGAGGAGGAAAUUGAAGAAGACAGAUUGCCAUCAAGCACUCGCUUCCCUCCGCGCGGCCGCAACCUAGCUACUGCCACUACUACCACAUCCGCGCCUGAAGUGUCAGAAGCGCCCAAACAGCGAGGUCGUCCCCAGAUCGACAAUGUCGCCGACGAAUCCUCCGGUCAAACCAGGAGCAGAACCCGUGCCCACAUCAGACGCCCAAGUUCCGAAUUGGUAGACUUAGAUAGCUUCAAGACUCACUCAGGAGAUAUCCCAUCGCCAUCGCAGUACAAGGAGCCCCCAUCGAGAUACUCAUCAGAAUCAAAGACAACCACCGAAGUUCCAGAAUCUGAAGAAGUAUCAGACUCUAAGGAGUCAGCUAGAGAUGGCCAUAGUUUGUCGUCGGGCUUUAAAUUCCAGGAAGUCGAGGAUGACUCGAAAUUGCCGUCUGAUUACAAGCAGACGACAACGUACGAGCAGGACACGACGGAGUACACAACGAUGACAGCUAUGGAGAAGGUUGCCUUAGAUUUGUACGCAUAUUUGGCGGGUGAGAAUCUGAACAAUGAGAUCAGCCCGAGCAGUGAUUUGAUGAGCUUCGAUGGCACAACCACGGUGGAUGAUGAGUCGUGGACGACGGAGUCUAUGAGCACGACGGAGGAGGCCACGACGCCGACCACCACAACCACUACCACGACGACCACGACCACGACGACGACGACGACGCCCGCUCCCACCACCACCACCACAGCGGCGCCGUCGACGCGCCCGUCGCGCUUCAAGGGCCGCCCUGGAGCCCGCGCCCGCGUCUCCACCACCACCGCCGCCGCCACAGAAGCGCCGCAAGAGACCUCCACGAGAACUAGAGGUCGCUUCAGCAAGCCGGGCGUGCGCAAGAGCAGUACCACAGCCAGCCCGGCCGCCGAGGCCACUCCCUCGCCCGCCGCCGAGAAACCAGCUUCCCAACCUAAGCAGGCCUUCGGUCGCCGUGGUUUGUACGGCGCUCGCCCUCGGCCCAGCUCCACCACAGCCGCGCCCUCGGAGGACGGUGCCGCCCCCAGCGAAGCACCAGCACCUAGGAAUCGCCUCCGCCCCACGUUGAGGAGGACCACGACCACCACAACCGGAGCCCCUUCGGAGGACGAGCCCUCUCCCAACGCCGGCUCGGAGGAAGUCGCCGAGACUACGCCCACUCCAUCCAGAACUGCUGGACGCCCCAGGCCCCUGAGGCCCGCGUCUCUGCGCCCCGGGGCCCGGCUGAACCUGCGCCCCGCCCCACGCGUGAAGGUCGGGGCCCCUGCCACGGAGGCCGCAUCCGAGUCCCCCGCGGAGACCUCGGCCCCUGACGCCCCUUCCACUGAUGCUGAUGCUGAGGGAUCAUCGCCAACUCCCGCCCCUGAGAACCCAAGGCUGCGUCUGCGCAACAGGCUGCAGGUGUCGCCCUCUCCCAAGCCGAAGGUGGCCGCCGCCCCUCCCGCUCGCCGUCCCAACCCCUUGCUGAAGAGGAAACUACCGUCUACUGAGGCAACCACAGAAGCCGCGAAGAAAGCAUCGACUGAGACGACUGAAGAGAGCACCAGUGCUGAGAAGAGUGAGACGGAGACUGAGCCCCAACCGGCCGAGACGACGCCAGCGCCGCCCUUGCGGGGACUGGACGCACUAUUCGCGAGGAGGCGCGCGGCGGGGGGCAUCGGGGCCCGCCCCGCGCGCCCAGCCAGGGGCGCCCGCUACCCCAAAUAAAUAUUAACCCCCAAUAUAACUGGUAAACACUCAAUGACUUGGUGUACCGCUCAUAGACAUUUCCUAUCCAAUUAAAGUUCAAUUUUUAAAUUUUAUUUAGUCAAGCAAUAUGAAUAAGCUUUGAUGACGACGAACGAUUUUUUUUCUGGUCAAACUGUAUGUCCUGAAAUAAAAAUAACACUAGCUAGGCUUUAUUUAAAUGCCUACAGGAACUGAAAUGGUUAGAUUUCUUUGCCAUCAUAUCACCAAACAUUAAGUAUUUUUUUAACUGAACAGUUUGUGAACGGUAUACUAUGAUCAUUACUUUAGUCAAUUUACUCCCCAAAUUGUCUAGACUAGUAUUUCAUCUGCUAUCUAUAUUUGUCAUUUUCAAUAGUUUACAGUAUCUGUAAUUAAUUAGGUACCUACUUCUGUAAGUUUUAUUUUUCCAUAUUUUACGUCUUUUCGUUUAGUGGUGUCCUAUAACUAUUUGAUGACUUUUUAUACUCUCUGACUUUAAAUUUAUAUUAAUGUACAUAUUAGUAGUUAAUAAUACUUGUUACAAUUGCGUUUUUGAGAUUCGUUUCCAAAAGCCGAUUUUAAUCAUUGUUUCUCAUGACACUUCAAAUCUAUUUCACCAAAGUUUCAGUACGUACGUGUAACAUCGACACACAUCGAGUGUCCAUUAAAUUUAUAGGUAAAACGUAAAAAUGUAUUAUACUAAGUGCUUUACUAGAGCUUCAGUUAUGUCCUUUCAAGUUAUCUUCAGCAAAGUUCGGCGUUAGAAUCUCAAUUUCAACCUGAAGUCACCAAAAUAACUUAGAAUUUCAAAAAAUUUGCCUGGCAUUUGGUCAUUCGGCCUUACAUUAAGUUUACUUUUAAGUAGAUAUUUGGUAAUGUUUAGGUAUGUAUGGAUUAAAAAUUAUACUCAUUAUUUCUCUAUUUAUUCUGUUAAGAGGAACUUGUAGGGCCAAGUGAGGGAGACGUUUCUUUAGUUCCAUCACCGACCAACGAUAGGACUGUCCAGCCGAAGCACUGAAUGCAAGUGCCAUCGUGAUAUGUGUUGUAUCUUUCGUAAGUGUGAUAAUAAAUAUAAUAUUAAGAUAAUAAA